CCCAUAUAGUUCCUAUGAAUGCCAUACAAUGUGCGUUUGACAGAAGCGCUGCUGUACGGUGUCAUACGGUUUAAACAUUCUUUCGCCAUUGAAAACGCAUCCGUUUCGUUACAGUUCAAUAUUUGACAUGGCUGAUACACAAUCUGCACCCGCAGCCCCAGCUGCCGCUGCAAAGAAGGCUGGCAAAGCUGAAAAGGCAGCCGCUCCAGCAGCCGCUGAGCGUACACAAUUAGUUUCAACCAGACGUCCACCAGCCCGUGGUCGUUUGUAUGCUAAAGCCGUUUUUACUGGCUACAAACGUGGAUUGAGAAAUCAACACGAAGGACAAGCAAUCUUGAAGAUUGAUGGCUGCCGCAAGAAGCAACACGGUAGUUUUUACGUUGGCAAGCGAUGCGUGUAUGUGUUCAAAGCCAAAACACGCAAAUCUUUACCACAAAAACCAUACAUCAAAUCACGAGUACGCGCCAUUUGGGGAAAAGUGACCCGAUUGCACGGUAGCACUGGCUGUGUACGCGCUCGAUUCCGCAAGAAUUUGCCAGGACACGCCAUGGGACAAUCAAUCCGUAUUAUGCUCUAUCCAUCAAGAAUUUAAGCGUAUCCCACAUUGGAAGUUGUACCACCCGUGAAAGAAAUUUUGUUUUUUAAAAAAUGAAAUUAAUU